AUGUAUAUAAAGCAUUUCAAGCACAGGAAUCGUCCAUCUCUUCGCCUCAAAUUCGGAGACGUCCCCAUCAUCUACCGCUAUCUAACCUUUGAGACUGAACUACCCUCACCAACAAGCCUGGGACCAGCUCAGAAUGGUUCGGCUGUACCGCAGCAGCCAGAUUUAAGGAAUUACGUUUCUCCAUUCACCUGGUCCCCUUCCCGCAAGACCUUCACCACGUGGCUCUCGUGCGCGGUUACCGUUGUAACUGCUUACACUGCCGGCUCAUAUAGCCCACCUUCUCAGCAGAUGUCAGAAUAUUGGGGCGUCAGUCAAAUAGCCAUUUAUGUGGGCAUUACCACCUUCACCACUGGAUUUGCAGUCGCGCCCAUGGUCUUAGCUCCCUUCUCUGAGCUCAAUGGCCGGAAGCCUGUUUUCAUUGCUACUGGGAUCCUCUUUGUUAUCUGCCAACUCUGCUGUGCUGUUACUCGUUCCUACCCAGGCAUGCUUCUUGCUCGAUUCUUUGCUGGUGUUGGUGGGAGCACUUUCUCGACGAUGGUGGGUGGUGUAGUCAGCGACAUUUAUCACACGGAAGACAGGAACACGCCUAUGGCGCUGUUUUCAGGGGCCGCAUUGUUUGGCACGGGCUUGGGUCCUCUGUGUUCUGGAUUCAUUGCUCAGCAUCUAUCAUGGCGGUGGGUCUUUUAUGUACAGGUCAUAGACUGUGGUCUAUUGAUUCUGGCCGUGACGAUCUUUUUCAAAGAAACUCGCGGCAGUGUGCUUUUGAGCAAAAGGGCGAAACUACUGAAUACAUGGUAUGAGGCCAGGGAAAAGGUCGGCCUUGUGGGCUUCGAGAUGAUCCUUGACGGUGGAGGUAAGAAGCAAAGCCAGAGGAUUAGGUGGAAAGUCAAGUCAGAUGAAGAACGACAAAACUUGGCCAAGAUGAUUGGGAUCUCUAUUUAUAGACCAUUUCAUCUACUCUUGACUGAGCCUGUGGUCUUUUUCUUUUCACUAUGGGUUGCGUUCAGCUGGGCCGUACUAUACCUGACCUUUUCGGCAAUACCGCUCGUGUUCACCAAGAAUCACAAUUUCGACACUCAGGAGAAUGGCGCUGUCUUUGCUGCUAUGUGCGUUGGCUCGAUAUUAUCGACUAUCCUCAGCAUCUACCAGGAAAAGGUCGCCAGACACUACGGCAAAAUGUCAUCAACGCCGGAAGGACGGCUCUAUUUCGCUUGCAUCGAGAGUGCCCUUCUCCCAAUCGGGUUAUUCUGGUUCGGAUGGACGUCUUUCCCUUCGGUCCCUUGGAUCGUCCCCACCAUCGCUGUUACCUGUGCCACAAUGGGGAUCUUCUCUAUCUAUCUUGCCGUCUUUAAUUACCUUGCGGACACCUAUCAUCGCUACGCAAGCUCGGCUUUAGCAGCACAGUCAUUCUGUCGGAACAUGCUCGGAGGGAUCUUUCCCUUGGUGACGACGGCGAUGUUCAAUCAUAUGUCAUUCGCUGGGGCUUCGAGCUUCCUUGGUGGCGUGGGAGCAUUGCUUACUGUCGUGCCUUGGGUUCUGGUCUUCUAUGGACCUAAGAUCCGUGCCAGGAGCAAAUUCGCCAGUGAGAUCAUGGAUUGA